AUGGGUAAUACACCAGACUUUUGUCGUAAUGCUUCCUUGAAAACUAAUGAAACAUCAUAUGAAUUAUUAUCAGAAUGUUGGAAAGAAAAAUGGAUAGCCGAUGCUCUACGUAAAACUUUACCAUUAAUUAUCUUACCUGUAUCUCUUAUAUCGAAUUGUUUAUCAUUUCUUGCGUUACGAAGCCAUCACAUGCGUGGAACAUCAACAGCAUUUUUUAUGCUUGCCCUUAGUGUUCUUGAUCCAUUGGUAUUAUUAACAAAAAAUCUCGUUUAUUUUUCUACAUCUGCUGCAGCUCAUGCUGCAUCAUGUAAAAUACUCUACUUUCUUAUCUAUGUUUUUGGCUAUACAAACGUUUGGAUACUGGUCAUUAUGACAGUUGACAAAUUUUUUGCUGUUUGGUUUCCGUUGAAAGUAUCGAAUUUUUGUACUGUAACUCGAGCAAAAUAUGUUUGUAUAUUUCUUCCUGCUAUCACGAGUAUUAUUUGCGUCCAUCACUUUUGGACUAUCGAUAGUUUCAAACAUCCGAAAUACCCUAGACAACGUUUUUGUUAUUAUGAUGGAACGCGUUAUGGUUCAAUACAACGUAUAUGGCGUUAUGUAGAUUUCGUCAUAUGGUGUUCGUUGCCUUUUAUACUUCUAUUAACAUUAAGUGUUUUAAUUAUAUAUAAACUACAUCAAAAUCGGCAAGGUGCACAUCAAAAUAUUCGACAAAUAAUGGAUAAGCAAUUACGAAAGAAUCAAGUUUCAAAUGGCAUGCGUUUAAAUAAACUACAACAACAAUAUCACAAGAAAAAAUUAGAAAAUCAAGCUAUUGAGAUGCGCAGUAAUCAAAAUACAGACGUUAUCCGUUCGAGACAUCGCCAUAUAACACUAAUGUUACUUGCAGUUGCUGUUGUUUUCCUUCUACUUACAUUACCAAAUAGUAUCUAUUUUGUACUUGAUCUUACAUAUGGCUUCAAUAAACUUCCAACAGGGAAUAAUUACUAUCAGUGGUUACGUUUUCGACGACUAACGAUACUAACUGUUAUUAUGUUUCAAUUAAGUGAUUUGCAACAUGCAACUAAUUUUUUCCUAUAUCUAUUAACCAGUGAUAAAUUUCGUCGUUCGGUAGUCCGAAUUUGUGUAUUAAUAAUCCCUAUUUUACCUUCAUUAGCACCAUGUUGUUUUCAAGAUAAAGCACGAGCAUCAACCAUCUCAGCAGCAAGUCAUUAUUCAAAUUCAAGAGUCGAAAGAGGAGGCUUGCCAUACCGUAUUAGCGUAUCGGAUCGAUCAAGCUUACAACCAAAUACAAGCCGAAUGUCGAAUCGACAAACGCAACAGCCAUUUUAUAAAUAUUCGGCAUUAUUAUCAAAACAAGCAGGGACAACAAGCGAAUCAACAUAA